AUGCAGGCACCCAUGAUUUCCGUGCCUCUAAAGGCCACCAACGAGAUAGACUGGAUCCUGCCGCUGAAGGGCUACAUCCGCCAGACAUACGGCGAUGAUCCAGAGCGCUAUGCUGAAGAGUGCGCGACGCUGAACCGGCUACGGCAGGACAUGAGGGGUGCCGGCAAGGACAGCGCUGCGGGGAGGGAUCUGCUGUACAGAUAUUAUGGCCAGCUCGAGUUAUUAGACCUGCGGUUCCCCGUCGACGAGAACCAUAUCAAGAUCUCCUUUACUUGGUUCGAUGCCUUUACACAUAAACCGACCUCUCAAUACUCCCUCGCAUACGAAAAGGCCUCUAUAAUCUUCAAUAUUUCCGCAGUGCUGUCUUGUCAUGCCGCUCACCAGACGCGGUCCGAGGACUCUGGCCUGAAGACGGCGUAUCAUUCAUUUCAAGCGUCCGCGGGCAUGUUUACGUAUAUCAAUGAGAACUUCCUACAUGCACCUUCUACGGAUCUGAGUCGGGAUACGGUCAAAACGCUCAUACAGAUUAUGCUUGCUCAGGGACAGGAGGUUUUCUUGGAGAAGCAGAUUGCGGAUGGCAAGAAGGUUGGAUUGCUGGCGAAACUUGCGAGUCAAGCGGGGUAUCUAUAUGCUCAAGCUGUGGAGGGAACGCAAGAGAAUGUCAACAAGGCUGUUUUUGAGAAAGUGUGGCUUUUGGUAGUCCAGAUUAAAGCACAUCAUAUGGCAUCUGUAGCCCAGUAUUAUCAAGCACUUGCAGAUGAUGACGCGAAUUCCCAUGGCGUAGCCAUCUCGCGUCUGCAGGUCGCAGAAACUGCGGCCAAGGAAGCUAAUAAGCUAUCAAACUCGUUCCCCGGAAACGUCCCAGCAAACUCAAAUCUCACUGCAGAAACAGGACCUAAUCUAUUUGAACUCACGAAACGCCAUCUCGCCAAUGUUCAAGAGAAACUCGUUGAGCUCGUCAAGGACAACGACUACAUUUACCACCAGACUGUACCUGUAGAAGCGGGUCUUGCAGUCAUCCCCAAGCUUCCUGCAGCUAAAGCGAUCCCUGUUAGUGAGUUGUAUGCAGGGCAAGAUAUUCAGCGUAUCACUGGUCCAGAUAUCUUCCAGAAGAUCGUGCCAAUGUCUGUCACGGAAUCAGCAAGUCUAUACGACGAGGAGAAGGCCAAGUUGCUUCGAGCCGAGACUGAGCGGGCAGAGACUGCAAAUGGAGAAAUGGCGGCGAGUUUAGACUAUUUGAGGUUGCCAGGCGCUUUACAAGUUCUGAAAGGGGGGUUCGACCAUGAAUUAACAGCAGAUGAUGAAUACCGAGGUUGGUGUGAUGAUGUAGCAAAUCAUGAUCAUCCUGGUAGUGUUUUUGAUUUUCUAAAAUCAAGAAAAGAGGACGUGAUUACGGUACUGGAUAAGAGUAGCAAGCAGUUGGACAUGGAAGAAAGUGUUUGCGAGAAGAUGCGAUCAAAGUACGAAGCGGAUUGGACACAGCAACCAAGUUCGAGAUUAACGACGACUCUUCGGAAUGAUAUAAGGAAUUAUAGGGAUGCUCUUGAAGAGGCAGCACGGAGUGACAGUCAAUUAUACUCCAAGAUGCGGCAACACGAAGUCGAUUUCGAUGAGAUGCGAUCAGCUGGAGAGAGUGGAGAGGCAGAUGUUCUUUUCCAAAAAGCGCUGAUUCAAGUUGGUGGCAAGAGAGGUGUUGGAAGUCCGAUUGGCGCGGAAGGGAACCUUUUGGACGAUGACUUUGAGGAUAAUGGCAUGAGUGUUAUGGAUCAGGUUAACAAAGUAGAGGAGAUACUGAAGAAGCUGAAUCUGAUUAAGCGCGAAAGGGCGCAAGUAUUGAAAGAUUUGAAGGAGAAGGUUCACAACGAUGAUAUCUCUCAAGUCCUAAUACUUAACAAGAAGGCCAUCUCAACGUAUGAAACUCAACUGUUCCAAGCAGAACUUGAAAAGUUCCGUCCACACCAAAACCGACUCAUCACAGCAAAUCACAAACAAUCUUCAUUGAUGAAAGAGCUCACAUCUACCUUUAAUACGCUAUUGCAAGACAAGAGAGUGAGAUCUGAACAGAGCAAAUAUGAAACAAUAAACCGCCAAAAAGGAGCUGUUACAUCCAAGUAUAGAAGGGUAUACCAAGAAUUCUUAGAUCUCGAGGCUGGCCUUCAAAGUGCGAAGCAAUGGUAUAGUGAGAUGAAAGAUACCGUGGACAGCCUUGACAAGAAUGUGGAGACAUUUGUGAACAAUCGAAGAUCGGAAGGUGCACAACUUCUCAGUCAUAUUGAGCAAGAACGAGCAGCCAAUGUCGGCGGGCAAGCCGAUAGAGAGCGAGAGCGCCUACGUGGUCUCAUGGAGCGUAUGUCAAUGGAUCCUUCCACUUCACCUGUAAAGCCACCUCGCGCGCAAUCAAUGUCAUAUCAAUCACACCAAUCAGGUUCGCCCACUACAAGGUAUCCGGCCACGAACUUGACUGGACAAUACCAGACUUCACCACCACCACAUUCUCAACCCUUCGCCCAAUCGAAUCAUCCUGCUUACGCCCAGAACGGAAGCCAAUACCCUCCUCAACCACAAUCUCAAUCACGCCCAAAUGACAUAUACUCCCCAAAGCAAACACCACAACCUCAAACCCAAGGUGGUUAUAAUCCAAGCAACUACCUCCCCCGAGAUCCAUCACAACCCCUCUCCGCCCCAGCGACCCAAAGCCAAUUCCCGCCCAACACCCAAAACUACGGCCGGCCAUCCCAACCCAUCUCACCACCCCCCACCCAAACGCAAUUCGCGCAACAAAACUACGGCCGACCCCAACAUACCUCACCGCCUCCAAACCAAACACAAUUCUCGCAAGCCCACCAGAGCUAUGGCCGGCAACCGCAGAGUCCUCGACCGGGUCAUUUACCGCAUGGAUAUGUUCCACCACCUCCUCCACCUGGACCACCGCCUUUGGGACCUCAGCAGACGUAUGGGCAGCAGGAUUAUGGAUACGGUGGAGGUCAGCAGCAGCAGAGGAAUGGGGGGCAGCAAGGUCAAGGUGGGGAUCCGUGGGCGGGGUUGAAUGCGUGGAAAUAA